AUGGGAGAUAAAGGCGGCGACGGCGGAGGCGGAGUUGGAGGCGGUGGUGGAGGCGGGAAGACGACGUCGCCGAGCCACAAGGUCAAGUUCCUGUGCAGCCACGGCGGGAAGAUCCUGCCGCGGCCCGGCGACGGGCACCUCAAGUACGUGGGCGGCGAGACCCGGGUCAUCUCCAUCUCUCGCGACGCGUCUUUCUCCGAUUUGAUGAAGAAGCUGAGUGCCCAGAUCGAUGCGGACGUGGUCCUGAAGUACCAGGUGGCGCCGGAGGAUCUCGACGCGCUGGUGUCGGUGCGAUCGGACGAGGAUCUCGGGCACAUGCUCGACGAGUACGACCGCCACGAGAGCGGCGGGAACCUGAGGCUCCGGGCCUUCCUGUUCCCCGCCAAUCCGACCGUGGUCGAGAACCAGACGGCCGCCCUGGAGCCGCAGGCGCCAGAGCAGCGCUACGUCGACGCCAUCAACGGCAUCGUCCGGACCAUGCCCAACCUGAGGAUGGCCCCUCUCCGCGUGAACCGUGCCGCGUUCAGCAUAUCCUCCGCCUGCUCCUCGCGGAAAUCGCCGUCUCCGGACAGCGGAGAACCUGGGUUCUAG